CAUCGCCACCCCGCCGCCGCCCUCCUCACAAUGGCCGCCACCGCCGCAGCAGAGGACGCCGGCGGCUGCGACAGCGUCUGCUCCACCCCGUUCGUCAGCGCGCCGUCCAGCCCCACGCGGGACCACCCCUUCCCGCCCCACCACGGCGCCUGCUUCUUCAGCGCCCCGGCGAGCCCCACCCGCGGCGGCGGCAGCGACUUCGGCGGCUGCCUCGACUUCGACUUCGACUUCUCGUCCCGAUUCCCCUCGCCCUCCGCCGCGGCAAUGUCGUCCGCCGACGAGCUCUUCCACAACGGUCAGAUCCGCCCCGUCCGCCUCGCCGCCGCGCUGCUCCAGCCCCAGCCUGAUGCCGCGCUUCUCCUUGGCGACACCCUGGCUGCGCAGCGGACGGAGGAGGGCGACGCCGGCGGCCCGGAGGGGGCGGACGAGCGCGGGCGCAUCCGGAGCCGCUCCGUUCGGCGGAAGGCGCGUUCGCUGUCCCCGUUCCGGACCCACUGGAGGACGCCUUCCCCCGCACCACUGCCGGCUCCGGAGUCCGAACCCGCCGACGAGCCGGCGGCGGCGACCCCGGCGGCGUCGCGGUCGUCAUCCUCCUCGUCCACCGCUUCGUCCGCAUCGGCGUCCUCUUCCUCCUCGAGAGGCUCCCGCCGGUGGGGGUUCCUCAAGGACCUUCUCCACCGCAGCAAGUCCGACGGCGGCAAGAACCACCAACUCCCUCACCAUCUUACAGCUCCAGCUCCGCCGACUCAGUCGUCUCCCGCUCCCGCGCCAAAGAGAACCCCAUCGCCGUCACCAUCUCCAGCCGCUUCCAGGGCGAGAGGGACAGCGACAGGCCGCUGCAGGAGGAGAUCGGCGCACGAGCGACUCUACGAGGCGCGGCGGGCGGAGGCGGAGGAGAUGCGCCGGCGGACGUACCUGCCGUACCGGCAGGGCCUUCUCCUCUUCGGCUGCAUCGGCCUCGGCAACCGCGGCUACGGCGCCGUCCACGGUCUCGCGCGAGGGCUCAACGCCGCCACCGUCUCCCCCAGGUCAUGACUCGUGACUAGGUGACCGGCCUACGGCCACUCCGCCGCCGCUGUUCUUGGAGCUCAUCUGGGGCCUUAUCACUGCUACUGUGGAAGUGUUUAGCGGCAGUGUGGUGUCAAGAACUGCAAAAAGUUGCAUAGAAAAUAGCUAGUAGAAGUUGUUCUUUUGCGUUUUAUCUAUAGCCUGUAUGGAUUUUGGGUGAUGUAAACCAGAUUGUUUAUCUAGUGAAAAUUAGUGGAAAAGUUAGCAGUACUACUGCUACUCGCUUGUUCGUAUGAGCUAAGAACAAAAAUGGGUAACUAA